CUUGUAUACAUUAAUAGUUCGUUUUUAUAUCCAUUCGUAAUUUUUUUGGCCAUAAUUUACCGCAUUUUUAUAGUACUAUUAUAAACAAUUUAAUAAAUUAAUAAGCAGGUUUUAACAAGAAACUUAGUUCCUUUCGAAUCGGCUAUUAGAAUUAUGUAAAUUCAACAAGACGAGAAAGCUACAGCUAUGUGAAAAAACGAAAAUUUUUUUGGUUGGGCGUAGGAGAAGUGCUAAUGCAAUUUAGAUUGGUAGAGGACCGAGAAGAAAAACAGUACUUCAGACAAAGUGGUUGGAAAUCCUGAGGAAACUGCUGCGAUUAAUUCUGACAUAAAAUGUUUAACGAUGUGCACCUUGCACGCGUUAGUAAAAUUCAACGCAGUGCAGAUGCAACCAAGUCAAGUGCCGAGACUAAAUCUACCAGUCGACGUUUUGCUUGUCGCAAUUCGAAGGAGAUGCAUUUAGCAAAUAAUGUCACUGAGUUGGUAUUCGUAGGUGGUCACUCUCCAAGAACUGGUGAUAUGGCUGUUGGACAUGAAAUUGAAUCGCCUGAUCACACUCAACGCGACAACAAUGAAAGUGAUAACAACAUCAGCUCCUGUUCCACGCUAGAUAUUGGAAAGGUGGAAAACUUAUCCCUUCAACAGUUGGAAGCUCAAGUGGGAGACUUAGUGUUACGCCUUCAAAAAUCUGAGCACCAACGGGCUGACCUGCAACAAAAAUUAGAAGAAUGCAACGGUGAAAAAGAAUUAUGCCUUAGGCGUUUAGAGGUUGUUAGUACAGCACAUGAAUGUCGGAUAACAGAAAUGCAUUGCGUCAUAGCAGAGUUAAGUAAAAAGCUGCGAGCCAAACAGGAAACAGUCAUUCUAGAAGAACAUGAACCAGAUGACAGUGAGCUAAGCUAUCAAGAAGAUGUUUCUGUAUAUAACUCUGAGCUAAAUCUGACGAAUCCCGAUGCUGAAUGUCAAACUGAUUUAGUUGAAAGCGGUGCUGAACAAUCGAUCUGUAAGAGCACGAGCACUGGCGACAAUGUACAAUGUGUAGAUUUAGCAGAACAACAUAGAAUUUUCGAUCCCGUUAGUAAAGGACAGUUGGAGGCUCUUCAAGAGGAGGUUCUUCAUUUAAAAGCACAAAUCGCUCUGCUACAGUCGGAAAUAGCGAAUAACGAAAUCGCCACAUGCGAACAGAAGCACAGCACUGAUCAACUCCAGACAACAACAUUGAGUGAAGACCAAAAUACUGAUUGCGAACGCGAAGGAAUGACACAAUCAGACUUCGUAACACCUCAAAAGGCUUAUGAGUUGCUCUCAACUGCACACGUAACACCACCUGUAGCGAAAAUUGCUGAGCGAGUUAAACUAAAAUGUGGGAGUAAGGCAGAUAUACCGAAUGCUAACAAAGAUAACAUGGUUGAAGACUUGGACUUAGAUUCUAAGCAGCAUGGCAAUGCUAUCGCAAAUAGUUAUAUGGAAUUAUCAGAAAUGGACACAGAACUACAGCGACUGCAACGCAAAAUAGAACACUUGAAAAUGCGGAACACGAUUCUUUCACUUACGCUAGAUGAAUGUAAAGAACAUUGUGAACACUUGUACUUACUAUGCGGCAAAUAUGAAUCUAAUGCGAUAGCUCUACAAACAGCCGUUAAUUGUAGUGAUAGGGCAAUCGAAGCGUACGAUGUUAUGCUGGCGCUCUUAGAGAGCAAAUUAGCGUUGAUGUCGGAGAAAUCACCCAAUGCUGAAGAAAGCAGACGAGCUGUAGAGUCAGUUGCGCGGCAUCUUCUGGAUCGGUUGGAAAGUGAAAAGAAUAUUUGCGAGAAUAGUUUGGGUCCUUGGCAAUCAACUUUCAGCAUACCGGAUAAAGUUUGCGCACCAUGGACAACGGAUGAUGACAACCGAUUACGCUAUCAUGUUUCUAAAUUGAAAGGGCGUCGUUCGACUGUACAAAAUACAAUAGUCAAUCUGGAAUCACCAUUUAGCGAUUUGUAUGAAAAAUCACGUAUUGCUAUCGAAAGUGGAAAAGGAAGUACUGAAAAGGAGAAUAAUACGCAGAUUGAUCUCGAAAUAGCCGUUAUGAUGCAAGAAUUAUUAAAUUUGCGUGAAGAGAAUAUUACACUUAAAUCAAAGAUUGAAUCGACAGAAGCAGAGAAACGAAUUGCUAACGAACGCAUCAGCUCACUUGAAGAGGCCUUGCAGCAAUUACAGCUACAGUUGCAGUUACAAUUACAAAUUACUACAGAUGCCAGCAGUGCUCUUUUUCACCGCGAACGGAUUGCAGAAAAUCGUAUUUCCUACUCGGAGUCCGAACAUGUAGCCCUUACGGAACAACAAUUAGUCGAAGCAUUAACGAGAGAAUCCGAGCUUAAAAGUCGUAUACAAACUCUAAUAGCAUCCGUUACCGCUUCACAACUUAAUGCUGACGAGCGACACGUCCAAUUACAGAAUAAUAUUCAGGAAUUGCAGAAAUCAAAUUUAAAUCUUACUCAACUCUUGGAACAGAACAAACGCAGAUAUCAAGCACGAGUGCGAAGAUUAGAGCAGAAGAUUGUAGAAAUAUCAUUUGGUUUGGACAAAAAAGAUAUUGGAGAAAAAUGUAAUGUGGGUAAUACUGGAAUGUCCUUCGAAAAUUUCACUAAAUGUACUACGGCACAGCAGCAGCCUCAACAACGUUUAAAAUCAAAAAACUCAGUAGAACUACCACAGUCGUUUGAGUCACAACUAAAAAUACAAGAGAUCGUGCCUGAGACUACUCUCUAGAAUAAUAGAUAAAUAAUAGAAGAACAUUGUUCACAGCAAGAAAUAUAUUUAUGUUGAUUCUCCUAUAAUUGUAGCCUACCAUAUGCCAAAUUGAAUCUUACAUUUUCUAAUUAAUUUUAUCUAUUCGAGUGUGCCAUUUAUCAAUUUAUUUACCGCUUGGCUUAGCUAAUCGGGCGCCUUUGUGCCAGAAUGCAAUACAAAAUAUAUAUAUAUAUCAUAGUACAUUAAUUACACUUACAACUUUCUGCUUCAAUUAUAUAGCAAAUAUUUAGGUAUCAUACUUAACUCAUAUAUCCUCAUAAGUAUACCUACCUAUAUUUAUAUAUUAGUACAUACAUGCAUAAAUACGUAUUCGUAAAUACAUAUGUUAUUUUAAUUACACAUUCGCUUGUUAUAGUUACUAAUGUACAAAACGCGCUGGAAUAAAAUACUUAAAUUAACGGAAA